AUGGAAUCAAGUAAAUCGUUUUUUAUACGUGACUUACUGGGGGAUUUAAUCAGUAGUCGGCAACCAGAACAAUCUUUCCCAAACAGAUUGAUGACGACAUCGGAAACAGAAGACGAAGAAAACAGUGAUGUAGAUAUAGAAGACAGAUCUUCUUCCGAUUCUGGGAUUAUUGGUUCAUACAAUGCAUACAUCAGCACUGUGGAUGAAACAAAGGAUAACGUCAGCCGAACAUUACUCGCUUCCAUCGGACACGUUGCUAAUACUAAUUGUAACAUGGCGUUGGACCGUGAUCUGCAUACACCCGGAAUAAUUGUAAAAAAUGGUCGGAAACCUCGCCGUCGAAGAACUGCAUUUACUCAUGCUCAGUUGGCAUAUUUGGAACGCAAGUUUAGAUGCCAAAAAUACUUGUCCGUAGCGGAUAGAAGUGAUGUAGCAGAUGCAUUAAACCUCUCAGAAACGCAGGUUAAAACAUGGUAUCAAAAUCGCCGAACAAAAUGGAAGCGACAAAACCAGCUUCGACUAGAGCAAUUACGCCACCAGGCAACGUUGGAAAAAGAUUUGAUAAAUGUGGCUUCCGUUACUGCCGGGGUUCUUACUCCAAGGCACCAUCAACGGCCUGAACUGACGGCUAGCACUGCACCAGUUACCGGAACCGGAAUUCAAUGUUGUCAGACAUCACCCGCCCUCUCCGUGUCGUCAGCUUUCGUUUCUUCCAACCCGUGCAAUUUUCUAACGUCUGCAGCGGCAGCUGCAGCUAUCUUUCGGAACGUAAGCUACGCUAAUGGUUGUCCGAUGUAAUGUGAAACGAAAUGUCGCUGUGCUAAGUUAUUAGACGAUAUG